AAAGAUUAAUUAUGUUUCAGUCAAAAUAAAGUCACAAUAUAAAACCCCAUGCUUCUGGUAUUGUUGAUUUUAUUUAUUUAGUUACACCCCCACCCAGACAUGACUCUGUUUACCUCACGUUGGCCCUAGUUACCCAGUUUGUUUACAUCCUUUCUUCCAGUCCGCCCGGCGUUCAAGGAGCGGGCGGUGCUUCUUCCUGUAUGCGGCACCUGCGCUCCGUGUCCCCGCCCCUCACCUUCAACGCCAGCCGCCCAGUUUCGUCAUCGUCAUCACUGAUGUCUAGACUCUGCCUCUCUUCACCGACUGGCCUCUAAAAACUUUAGCAUCUCGGCGUCUCCCUCUCCGGAAUGAAAUGUGGAGUUAAAGGAUAAUAAAUAAAAUAAAGACUGCCGCUCCGCCGGGAGGAAAUGCAGGACAAAAGCGGCAAAACAGCAGCCGGGAGCCCCGCCGGAGGAGGCAGCACAGCGCAGAAUUCAUCGUAUCAGAAUGGACAUACCGUGGCUCAGAACGGCCACCAUCCAGCAACGUCUCCAGAGCCGCAGUCUGAGCCCCGAGCCCCGAGUCCCGACGUCAUCCCACGGGAGCAGUGGGGUGGGAAGUACGAGUUCCUGCUGUCCUGUAUCGGAUACUGCGUGGGAUUGGGCAACGUGUGGCGGUUUCCGUACCUCUGUUAUCGUAAUGGAGGAGGUGUGUUUCUCAUCCCCUACUUCAUCAUGCUGUUUGUGACGGGGGUUCCUCUCUUCCUCAUGGAGCUGAGUUUAGGCCAGUAUGGUGCAGCCGGUCCCAUCACUGUGUGGAAAUGUUGUCCUUUGCUUAAAGGCAUUGGAAUUGGGAUGCUGUGUGUGUCCACAUUAGUGUGUCUCUACUAUAACGUGAUCAUAGCGUGGACGUUUUACUACCUGGGCAGCUCCUUUCAGAGCCCCCUGCCCUGGUCGUGUGAUGCUAAGGCUAACGCAGCCGUCUGUGGGAACGCCUCUGCUGCUGGGAAYGGCUCUGAAAAAGCACGCAGCCCCACUGAGAUUUUCUGGAAUGAGAACGUGUUGGGUGUAGUUAACAGUGAGGGUCUUCAUGACCCCGGCCCUGUGCGGUGGCCCCUGGCCCUGUGCCUUCUGGCUGCCUGGAUUAUAAUCUUCCUCUGCAUUCUGAAGGGCAUCCGCAGCUCGGGGAAGGUGGUUUAUGUGACGGCCACCUUCCCAUACUUUGUCCUCGUCGUUUUGAUCAUCCGAGGAGCCACGCUGGAGGGUUCGCUGCAAGGCGUUGCUUUCUACCUCACGCCGGACUGGAGCCGCUUGGCGAACGCACAGGUGUGGAAUGACGCAGCCUCGCAGAUCUUUUACUCAUUAGGUAUCGGCGUUGGAGGACUGCUUUCUAUGGCGUCUUACAAUAAGUUUGACAACAACGUCAUCAGGGACACUAUCGUUAUCACGUUAGGAAACUGCAGCACAAGCUUCUUCGCAGGAUUUGCUAUUUUCUCCAUCCUGGGUCACAUGGCGUGGAGAAAGGGCGUACCUGUCGGAGAGGUGGCCGAUACAGGUCCGGGGCUGGCUUUUGUUGCUUACCCAGAAGCCCUUGCUCUGCUGCCAGGUUCUGCGUUUUGGUCCGUUAUAUUCUUCCUCAUGUUGUUUAUGCUCGGGGUGGAUACRCUGUUUGGCAACAUGGAGGGCAUCACCACAGCUGUGCUGGAUGAGUUUCCAAACCUGAGGAGAAACACGCUGCACAAGUCCUUAUUCUUGGGCUGUCUGUGUUUUGUCUUCUACCUGAUGGGCCUCCUCUUAGUGACAGAUGGAGGAAUUUACUGGUUCACCCUCAUAGACUCCUUCAGCACUAGUUUUGGCCUCAUCAUCAUCACAUUGUUCAUGUGCCUUGGCAUCUCCUUCUUCUAUGGGGUCAACCAGUUUUGCCAGGACAUUAUUGAUAUGAUUCGUCACUGCCCUCCAUGGUGCAGCAAAGUGCUGAUUUACUUCAAAGCCUGCUGGGUUUUCUGCACACCUUUUCUUCUGCUGUUCAUCCUGAUCUACAUCUUCAUGGAGAUGUACAACACGCCGCUCCGCUAUGGCUCCUACGUGUACCCACAGUGGGGGAAAGCCUUGGGGGCGUGCAUGGGCGCCACCUGCUGCCUGCAGAUUCUCAUCUGGGCCGUCGUGGCCAUCAGCAGAGAAACUGGAACACUGAAAGAGCGUUUCCAGAAAUCGAUUCGACCCUUGAAUUCAUGGAGGGUUGACUUGAACACCCAGAGAGGGGAGGAGUACGUGGAGCCCGAGAUAGUGGAGGCUCCGUUCACCGUCACGCUGACGGACAUGGAUUAUACUGGGAUGGAGUGGGAGAUGUGAAGCCAGGCGUAAAGCAGCAGCGAUGGACUCGUAAUGAGCAAACUGUGUGAAGAGGAAAAYGGACUUAUUAUUUUGUGACUGACCCCCAGCGGUUGGUGGCUCUUCCUGAUCARACUGUGCAGGGCAGUGUGGAAUAUUCCCUUUAUUUAUAUGAUGUGUGAACAGUUUUAUUAAGUACCGUCCACGUGUCAGAGAAACCUUCAGAUGUUUUGGUUGGGGGCGAGCUGUCACCUCUGAGCCUGAAGGUCCCAGGCUCCCCUCCUGGUCUGAGGCUUAUCUGAGUCGAGUUUACAUGUUCACCCUAAACACUCGCMGGUGCUCUCUGGUUUCCUCCCACAGACAGAAAACACAUGACAKUAGGUUAACUGGUAACUCUAAAUUGGUGGGAGUGAGAGUGAAUGGUUCUGUGAAGGACUUGCAACUUGUCCAGGGUGUCCCCCACACCUCUCACAGUGAGAGAGACGCCAGGUGCCUUCAACCCGCAAAGAACCCACAUAGCAGACAGGUGUGGGCCAGACCUGGUGGUUUGUCCACUGGAUGUGGGCCAGGCUUGGCAAUAAGGAAUAUAAUAAUAAUUAUAAUAAUAAUAUGUUACAACUGGCCCGUUUGUGGUUUGCUUUACGAAGCCCAAAUCUGUCAUGCGCCACCUCUGGCAAACCACGUCUGAGCCACCAAAGGGACGUCAUUCUUUGUAGUAUCCAGGCUGAGCGUUAGUACCUUGUGUGGGCCAGAGCUGGGCCAGACAGGUUUUCUGUGGGAAGGAGCAAGUAAAGAAARUGGAUGGAUGYUCUGGUUGACCUCUUUCAUUUUAAACCAGCUGUUUGUUUCCUUCUGAAAAUUAAACAAUUUAACAAAUUAAUUUAGAAAGCAAUUAUGUGACCAUCCUAGCAAAAAUAACAUUUAUACUGAUAGGUGCAGCUUUUGAAAAUAAAAAAGCCUUUUUUAAAGAGAAGAUAGAAGAUUUAUCCUUUUCWUCAAGUGAAACUUGGUUUCAAAUGUCCUUUAUGACAUAAUUCACGUCUUUUAAGUGGGCUUUUGUGGAAAGGUUAUAAACAAUUURUACUUGUUGUAUUUUAAACCUGUUGUAGAUAGCUCUUUGAUUAGCAUCAAUUUUUUAGUAAUAAAGGAUAAUUCUGAUCAGAAUCACAAGCUAAUGGCUUGUCCAAAGUAGAGACCAUAAUGGAUUGUUGCUUUUUUUAAUGACUUCAGAAUAAAAAGUACACAAAUGCUAUUUUAUACAGCUUUACAUUGCUGUCAGUUUUGCAUUAGUUAUUUAUGUGCUUAUCUUAAAACUUAAAUAGCAGCAGCAACAGCUAGCUGUGGCAUUUCCAGUGCAGCUUAGAGAAAUUAGAGCAGAAAAUGUACCUGCAAAAAUAAUAUUCUCAUGCAAAACGGGCAUUGAUGCAAAGGCUUUUGAAUUUGCAUACACAUGACCUGCUGUGCUAGAGUUUAAAGAUGGCAGCAAACCACCUUGGUCAUCAWKCUGWUCAGAAAUAAACUYUUUUUUCUCUCCAACUGAGCUCACUCAAAGAUGCAUCUACAAUAAGUCAGAUGUUGGUUGUUUAAGACCUUUCAAUAAAAUCCUGCUUCAGAAGAUCUAGAUGCACUUUGUCAAUUAAAAAAACGUUUUCUACACAGAAAAGAUCAAAGUGCCAUAUUGUGGUUAACAAAUCUUAGAUGGUUUUGUUUACUUUCCAUAAGACAAGUUUUGUAAGGUCCAGAUUUCUGGAUGAAUAAAAUAAACACAUUUUACUGUGUAAUGAA